AUGCCGGACCAAGAGCAGUCACCGCCAUUCGUCGACGUGAGCCCCCUUCACAGGAUUCCGCUGGUGUUCGUCAACCUGCUGGUGUUCGCGGUCUCCUGCGUGGUCGCGUUCGCCUGUAUCUCGUCCAUCGUGGAUCGUGGCAGCGAAAUCUCGUUCCGGCGUCGUUCGCUCCUGGUCAGCUUCGUGGUCAACCGGGACAUCACGGCGCUGUUAUUCUCGCUCCUCAUGAUGGUCAUCACCUUCACGGGCUUCGUCGGGGCGCUCCGAGAGAACGUCGGCUUCCUGCAGUGCUACAUCCAAGGCACCUGCCUGCUCAUUCUCCUCGACAUCCUCUUCGUGGCCGCCACUGUCACCCUACCAUAUCUGACCAAGAAUAAAGCCCACAGCAUCUUCUCCAUCGAACUUAUCGUGAGCUACCGAGAUAACCCAGACUAUGGAAAACUCGUGGACUAUGCCCAGUCGACGUUCGAGUGCUGCGGCGUGACGAGCGAGCGCUACCGAGACUGGGACCAGAACCUCUACUUCAACUGCUCCAAGACGAACCCCAGCGUGGAGCGCUGUUCCGUGCCGUCGUCCUGCUGCAAGCCUCCGGACGGCGACGACGUCGACACUCGUCUCAGGCGGCGCUUCUGCGGCAGCGGUGUCCUGGCCGGUACCGAGCAGCAGGCCUGGAGCAAGGUGCCACAGACAUCCCUCGUAGACGAGAACUAUAUAUGGCAAUCAAGGGCGCAGCCCGAAGUUUUUUUCAUGGAAGGUCAAUAUAUACACAAGCAAAAUUGAAAACA